GUCAAAAUAGCUUGCCCAAAACUUGAUUUAAAAUCUUUUCCUUGGCCAUAGAAAUGACGGCUCAAAAUAAUGUUUCUGAUAUAUUUGGGGUCUUUUCCCGUAAUAAUAAAAAAACACGAAAUUUUUGCGAGACAAAACACAUUCCGAUUAUAUCUCGGACAGGAUUGUUUGAGUUUCCCGUUAUUAAAAUUCAGUAUGGUCUUUAUUUGAACCACCUCUAAAUGUCAAGUGCAUUGCUUUGAUUGCAAAUCAGAUAAGAUUUAUCCUUCGUUAUCCAAACCACCAAUCCAGUGGCACUUACUCGCCCUGAUCAAGUAGAAUUGAAGCGUCAAUUUAUCCUGGAUUAGAGUCCAAGUAAGAUUUACGUAAUUAAGCUCAGUGCCCUUGAGUUCUGUGGUAUUAGGGUUUGAGUGGGCACUACACAGGGGAUUUUUUGGUAUCACUGGUCGCUGAUCGGCUUCUUUUAUCUUCUAAUCCGUAUCCAAGAGGAAAUCAAACAGUGGAGAACACUUGUGUCAUCUCGAGUCCCCGAAACUUACCACUCUUUUGCAUGCAAAGUGGCCAAGAACGAUCAGAUUUGAGUGGAUGCUUAUCUUAACUCCAGCUUCUUCUCUCUUAUGAAAUUGGGCUCUUACACCGCUAGAGGUCGUUCUCAUCGUCCCCUCCAUAUUUAUUACUGAAUUCAUCUCCAUAUUUUACUGAGUACAACUACUUUUAACCGAAUAAAACUGAGUAGUUUUAUUACUGAACAAAACGACUUUUUACGCCAUCAUGAUCAAAAUAUAUUGUGGCUGGGUGCAAAUGUCACUGGUGUUACUAUGCGCUGGCAGAAUGGGUUUAUGUUUCGAUGACGAGAAGAAGUUACUGGAGAUGUUGUCUAACAGCACCUACGAGAGGAGACUCAGACCAACCACAUACUUUAAUAGGGAUCCAGUGGAAGUGUCUGUGAACAUUUACGUGGUCAACGUGGGGCCAGUUUCAGAGGUCGACAUGACAUUCAAAGUGGGCAUGUACUUCCGCCAGUACUGGAGGGACCCCCGAUUGGCCUACAAUGGGAGCAAGCCAAUUCCACUUUCGCAGGACUUGAUAGACUUCCUGUGGCUGCCGGACUCUUUCUUCCAGACCGAAAUCACCUCCAACGUGCACCAGGUCACAAAGGAGAACGUCUUCUUCAGAGUUCACCCCACCGGCGAUAUCCUCAUGAGCAUCAGGGCUACUGUGAUCUCCAGAUGCCCAAUGAACCUCAAGUUUUUCCCGAUGGACAGACAGAUCUGCGAACUCAGAAUCGCCAGCUAUGGAUAUACGACAGAAGACGUACGCUACAGUUGGCGACACCAACCGGGCAACCCUGCAAUCAUGAUGGCCCAGGACACUACUCUCUCUAACUUCCGAGUCGAAAACUUGUCCCUAUCGACGUUCAACAGAUCCCUAUCAACAGGACAGUGGAGCACACUUUCUGCCAGAUUCACCCUUGUCCGAAACACCCUCUAUUUCCUCAUUCAGAUGUAUGUGCCUUCUGCACUCAUAGUCAUGGUCUCAUGGGUCUCCUUCUGGCUAGGACACUCCUCAGUGCCAGCCAGGGCUGCACUCGGCAUCACCACAGUGUUGACUCUAUUGACCAUUAUCACAGGCAGCAACAACAACAUGCCAAAGAUUUCUUACAUGAAGGCCAUAGAUGUAUACUUCGCCGGAUGCUUCUUCUUCGUUUUCUGCUCACUUAUAGAAUUCGCGGCUGUAUGUUACUUGGACGUGGCAGCCGACUACGACCCUGAUUUCGAAGGGGCAUACUUCCGACGACACUCCCACUCAUCCGGCAACUAUGGACAUGGAGCAUACUUCUCCCACAGGGACGACAGUGACAGUCCGUCUGAAACAGUCGGUUGCACAGGUGACAGUGGGAUCUCAUUUAGAUCCAGAUUCAGAAAAACACCAUCAGGACGAGCGUCCGUUGAUUCCACUCAGAAAUCGCAACUACGUUCUCGAUCAUUCCGUCGAGAUGGUCAAGACACCGGAAGCAAAAGGGAAUCGAGAUACAGUGGAAAAAGCAGACCUCUCACAGUCCCAUAUGAUCAUGUUAAAUAUCAUUCAGACGUUUUUCAAGCCAAAUCGAGGAGCCGACGUCACAUGCAAAAGUCCAGCGAAGCUCCACUUCACCCCUGGAUGCAAAUAAAGAAUGCUCAGACUAGGAAGUCCGUGAAAUCGAUACAGGAGGUGCAAGUGGAUAACAACCAAGUCCCAUUCUCUCUCAGCGAUAAGGGCACAAACGCCAAAAAGGUGCAUUCCGGAGGAGGAGACAGCUACACUGCCAAUAUGAAGAUUUUUCCCUAUUUCAAACUCAAAGAACUCUUCUGUUGUUGCCCUGCAAAACAAACACAACAACAGCAAUACACCAGCUCAAUGCCAUCCAACAAUAUGACGCGAACUUGGUCAGAUCAGUCACAUCUUGCUCCCCAAAUCGCAAACUUAGACUGCACAAACGAAGUUCUUUUUGACUCUCGCUUCAAUGUAAUAGUUGAGCCAUUGACCAUGCCCGCAAAUACUUUAUGUGCCACUUCGUCGAGCAAGGUGUUAAACAUAAACGGUGGUCAAAGUACAUCCGUUAUUGGCAAAACUCCUAGAAUGACAUCGAUGGAAUUUACAGAUGAACAUAUAGGUUGCAAAGAAGAUUUCAGGAACGAUGAUGACUCGGAUACUUCAUAUAGAAUAAGUAUGUUGCGAAGUCAAUUUACCACUAGAAGUCGUUCAGUUCCGUCGCAUAACUCCGAUGCUUCUAUCAACUUAAGAAGUUACAACAGCCGAGGAGAACUGAAGGUGGUCGGCAAAAGGGAAGAAAACACUGAAGUCGACUGUAACUGGUCAUGUAGAGACCUAAAAGACAAAUUCAACUCAGGGACAAAAAAGGGAAAUGAUAUCGAGCAGCAGAGGUUUCGGGAUGCAGAGGAGAACGUAGAAAUAGAUUCUCUCUUGGCUAGUAGAAAUCCGACUUGCAUCAUCCACAAUGUGGGCAUCAUUGACCGAUAUUCUCGCUUCGUAUUUCCUCUAGCAUACCUGCUUCUGAACCUAAUAUACUGGUACUACUACAAGCUGACAUCAUUUUAACAAUGUUAGCAUAAACAGCGAAUUAGAAAAAUAAUAAAUUCAUGUUACUAUAUAUAGUAGUUGAAAUCUCCAAAA